AUGAAGAUGUUAGAUGCUUGGGAUAUCUUAUUGUCAAAGUUAGAAGAUUUUUCAGUUCGAGGUAUAAAGUUCUAUACACCUUCUCCAAACUUCUAUUCUAUCUUCACUGGAUAUAAAUACGAACAAGUAGAAUGGAAAGAAAAUAUUAUAGAAGCUUGGUUAGACCAUGUCAAAGAAAUUAUAUGCAAUGGAAACGAAAGAGUCUAUGAGUAUAUCUUAUGUUGGUUUGCAAACAUCUUACAACAUCCAAGUGCUAAAAAUGAAACUGCUCUCAUUAUAAUUGGAAAACAAGGAACUGGUAAGAAUACUUUCUUUACAGAUAUUUUGUGCAAACUGUUAGAGGGCUAUUCGAACCCGAAUAUGACAAACUUAGAAAACAUCUGUGGCAAGUUUAACUCCUCAAUAGAGAAUAUGAAACUUAUAGUAUGUAACGAACUUCAAAGUAUAGAUACAACAAAAGUUUUGAACUCAGAUGCUUUGAAGAGUCUUAUAACAGACAAAGUUGGAGUUGUUGAAAGAAAAUAUAAAGACCAAAGAGUUUGUGAAAAUGUUGCAAACUUCAUUAUGGUUUCAAACAAUGCUGUUCCGAUGAAGUUAGAAAGUUCUGACAGAAGAUAUGUAGUUGUCAGAACGUCAGAAGCUCAUAUGCAAGAUACAGAAUAUUUUGACGACUUAGCAGAAACUUUGACAUCUGACUUUUACAACCACUUGUUCUCAUAUUUUAUGACAUUAGAUAUUUCAAAGUUCAAUCCAAGACAAAUUCCACAUACCGAAGAGAGACAAACAUUGUUAGAAGCAAACAAGAGUGUAUAUGAACUGUUCAUAGAUGAAACUGA